GACCUAAAUGGUCCGAUUUUAAGGAAAAAUUGAAUCAAAUAAAGAACUCUGAAAAUCCUAUCCUUACUCAUGAGGAAUUUAAAAGAAGAUUCCUUGAAGAUGAAGAAUCCUCACUCUCCGUGAGCUCUGAAGAAGCUUCAAAUCAAAAAUUAAUCUCCUCGGCAAAUGACGAUGCAAAUGCGAAAUCGUCGUCAUCUUGA